CGAAUUUGCUUACCUGUAGGUUCUCACUAACCUUAAUUUAGUACACCCUAUCCUACAAAUGUCCAGGAUGAAACGCUCAAUCAGAACAUGCGGAACCGGGCGAUCCCGUCAAGGGAUGAUAAAUCACCAAUAAAACGGGCACGUACUAGGACACACUGGACUUACAACAUACUUUCCUUGGACCAACAGAAGAAACACUCUUGAAACUAAGAUGACAUCUCUGGUCCUUCUGCUGGCUCUGGUGUUGUGCCAAACCUUGGCUUCACCUCACCUUUCAGUGUCAGACCCGUGUGUUCUGGAACUGGAGGAGUUGAGACGUGAUGUUCGCAUUUUGGAGAAUAAACUGCUGAUAGGGGCAUGGCAGCUCACACACCUGAAGACGCACAGUUUUAUCCAUCUUCCGCAAUCCAGCACCAACCUAACAGAGAGCUUCAAGACAGGAGUUCUAGAUACUCUCCCUCCAGCAGGAAGCCUCACUGUGUAUGACAGAGACUGCUCUGAGCUGUUUGAGAGGCUGAGGCCCGCCUCCGGGUUUUACCGGAUCAGACCCAGAGUGGACCAGGAGCCAGUCCUGGCCUUCUGUGACAUGGAGGACGGAGGGGGUUGGACGGUUCUGCAGAGACGGAGACACGGCAGGGUGGACUUCAACAGGGACUGGGUGGAUUACAGAGACGGAUUUGGAGAUUUCAAGCUGUGGAACGACGAGUUCUGGCUUGGCAACGAACACAUCCACUCUCUGGUGAAGGACGGUGAGAACCUGGUGAAGAUCGAUCUGAUGGACUGGGGAGGACAGAGGAGACACGUCUACUACCAGAACUUCAAGAUCGCAGAUGAGAAGGACAGCUACCGCCUGUUUUACGGUCUGUAUAGUGGAGAUGGAGGAGAUGCCCUCUCCGGUGGCACUGGAAUGCUGGAGCAGUGGUCUGACUCUCUCAGCGGCAUGCCGUUCAGCACCAGAGACCAGGACCAUGACCGCUAUCUACAAGGCAAUUGUGCUCAGGAGAACCGAGGGGGUUGGUGGUACAACAGGUGUCAUGCAGCCAAUCUGAACGGGAAGUUCUACCGAGGCGGACCCUACCAGGGUCGUUAUGACAACGGUGUGGUGUGGGGCACCUGGAGAGGCCUGUGGUACUCCCUCAGACACACGUCCAUCAAGCUCCGGCCUCUGUUGACCCUGGACAGGGUGGCGGGCAGUGGUGCAGGCCCAGACGGGUAGAGAGCUCAGGAAACACUCCGGCUUCACGCAGUGCUAGGCCCCAGUGCUAGGCCCCAGUGCUAGGCCUCACAGUUAACCACAUAUCCAUCUUCAGUAGGCAAGAAUGGAGACAACCAGUAGAACUUUAAAAAUACAUUAUUUUUAUUUUGUUGUUUUUUUCCUGUUCACUCAUUCUUUGUAAAUAGAUCAAAAUUCAAUCAUUAAUGUCUUCGCAGUUUCAUGGUAGUUAACAUUGA